GAAACACCGAACAGUGUACAACGUGCCUUAAAUAAAAUCCAACAAAAUAUAGUAAAUCGAUAUACCUCAUUACAAUUCAGGUGUGGGGUUCGGGCAACCUAAAAUUUUUUGUUGGAAAGCGACUCGUAUUUUGACAGUUUUUCUAAUAAAUCAGGAAUAAUCAGCUGAAAUGGCGAAUUUAUUAACACGCCAACAAGUAAUGGACACUAUUGCUGCUGCUGGUAUCCCAUUUGACAAAGAAGCUACAUUGGUCCAGUUAAGAGGUUUAUACGAUGAUGUAAUCGCUGGUCGUGCCGUGAACAGAAGUGAAGAAACAGAUGCAGAUGCUCAGCUGAACGUGUACAAUAAUGUGCCAGAGAUUGGUGAAAAUAAAUUAUCAGAAGAUGGUGAUCGACGUGAACGUGAGAGAAUGAUUGAAGAGGAGGAGUAUCUUGAUCGCAUGCUGGCAAUUGCUAGGAAGAAACGCGAGCUAGCUGAGUUGCAGCAAGAGAUUGGUCAAGUGGGCAGUCGCAAGUUUGAUUUAAGUAUGCUGACAGCAUUGAUCAAUAAAUUUGAGGGGUCUGAGUCACAGGAUAUUGAAAAGUGGGUUGCUGAGCUGGAGAAUGUGUUUGAAAUCCUUCAGUGUAAUGAUCGUGAAAAACUGAUUGCUGUUCGCCAUUUGGUUUGUGGUCACGCAAGACGAUUCAUUGACAUAAUUUCGGUGCGCUCAUAUGAGGACAUAAAAGCUGCAUUGUUAGAUGAGUUUCAAUGUAAAUUUUCGCUGCAAGAUAUCUUCAACCAAUUAAAAUCACGUUGCAUCAAAUCGGGAGAAACGCCACGCCAGUAUGUAACUGAAAUGCAAUAUAUUGCUAGUCGAGCCGAUAUUCCAGAGACCGAUUUAGUCGAUAUUAUAAUAGAAGGACUAAAUGAUAAAACGUCUACAGUAUCAAUGUUGUAUGGCGCGUCCUCCGAGACGACCACCAAAUUCGUGUUUCGUAUGUGCUGAGGUUGGGCAUACUCGCCAUAAUUGCCCUCGUCGUGGUGGAUCAAA